AUGUUCAAUCCGCCCAUGCACAUCCACCUCUUCCAAGUCGAGACCUUCCACGUCAAUUCCGGCGUCGGUCGCUGGUUCCUCAACGGUGAAGCGCACGUGCGCCACCCCGGCGAAGACAUCGUCAUCCCCAAAGGCGCAUUCCACUGCUACGAGAACGCCAGUACAACGGGAGAGGACUUGAGUGUGAGUUUCCGGUUGGACCAGCAGGAUUAUGUGAUGGAGGAGCGUUUCUUCAGGAAUUUCUUUGGGUAUCUGGAUGAUGUGAGGUUGAGUGGGCAGACGCCGAGUUUGUUCCAGUUGAUGUUGUUCUUGUAUACGGUCGAUGGGCCGUUGGCGAUACCUGUAUUGGGAAAGAAGAGUCAUCCGAUAAGUGUGUGGGUGAGUCGGUUUGUGAUGGUCUUUACGGGAGUGGUGAUCGGGGAGUGGUUGUUGGGAUACCGGAAGAGCUAUGAGGAGUACUAUGACUCAAAGAAGUCGAAAUGA